AUGCAUUUGAUUUCCUUUCUUGUAACGAUUUUUCUUUCAAUAUGUGUUUUUUGCAGUGAUACUGAAAGCCGAAAAUUGUGCAAGAAGAUGAAAGUAGAUCCUAAUUCAAAGGAGAAGGGAGUGGAGUUACUCCAUUAUAAGGAUGGUGCAUUUCAUACUGAAUACAACAGAGCGCUGACAUUGAAGUCUAUGGUGGCCUUUCUUAAGGAUCCAGAAGGUGCUCCACUGUGGGAGGAGGAUCCUGAAGCCAAAGAUGUUGUGCAUGUUGACAGUGAAAAGGAAUUGAGAAGACUUCUGAAGAAGGAAGACAAACCUCUUCUGAUGAUGUUCUAUGCCCCAUGGUGUGGUGUUUGUAAGAGGAUGAUGCCAUCUUAUCAACAGGCAGCCUCGGAACUGAAGGGUAAAUAUGUUCUUGCAGGGAUGAAUGUUUACUCUGCUGAAUUUGAGAGGAUUAAGGAAGAAUACAACAUCCGGGGAUAUCCUACAAUCUGCUAUUUUGAGAAAGGAAAGUUCCUGUUCCACUUUGAGAAUUAUGGUGCUACUGCGGCAGAUAUAGCAGAAUGGCUGAAAAACCCACAGGCACCUCAGCCACAGGCUCCGGAGACUCCCUGGGCAGAUGAAGAAAAUGUAGUUUAUCACCUGACUGAUGAGGACUUCGACAAGUUUAUGAAAGAUCAUUCAUCUGUGCUAGUGAUGUUCCAUGCACCAUGGUGUGGGCACUGUAAGAAAAUGAAGCCAGAAUAUGAGAAGGCUGCAGAGUUUCUCCAUGUAGCCAAUGAUAGUCCAGGAGUCCUUGCAGCAGUCGAUGCAACCGUCAAUAAGGCACUGGCAGAAAGAUACCACAUCUCAGGGUUUCCUACUUUGAAGUAUUUUAAGGAUGGAGAGGAGAAAUACACCCUGCCACACCUCAGAACAAAGAAGAAGAUCAUUGACUGGCUGCUAAAUCCUGAAGCACCACCUCCACCUGAGCCUGCAUGGGAAGAAAAACAGACUAGCGUUAUCCAUCUUGCUGGAGAAGACUUCAGGGAGUCCUUGAAGAAGAAGAAGCACAGUCUUGUCAUGUUCUAUGCACCAU